AUGGAUUCUAGAUAUUGUCAUAGCCUUGACCCUGAUUCUACUCCUAUACAAGACUCCUCUACCUUUUUAUGUGAUGAUGUUGUAGUUGUAGAUGAUUUUGCUUCUUCUAAUAUUGUUGCUGCAGAUAUUGUUGAUGCAGGUGUUGUUGGUGAUGUUGAGAAGCUAGCUGAGCCUGAUUAUACAUUUGUUGAUAAGGAAAGUGUAGGAGAUUGCAAAUUGGAAGCAAUACCCCAAGAAUCACCUCUUUUGAUUGGACCAUCACUUGAACCAAAUGUGGAUGACAAGAGUGUAGGGACUUGUGCUGAGGAGGCAGAGCCCCAAGAAUCACUUCUUUUUUAUGCACCACCAGAGUCUGAGUUAUUACUUGAUAAAGAGGAAGCCACAUCCACUGUUCUAGAACCUCCAGGCCCUUGAAGUGGAUGCUUAAGUCGAACCGCCUUCAACCUCCGGGAAGAACUUUCAAAAAGAAUAGGGGGAAGGGAGCGGUCUUUACUUCAAAUGCAAAUAUUCCACUCCCAACUUGGAUUUUGCACCUUAAUCGUUUGCAACCACCGGGAAAGAUCAUUCCACUACCGGCGUGGCUUCUACUUCUGAAUCGUCUUCAGCCGCCAGGAAUAAAGGGGAGUUCGUUCCUUUCCUUUCGUUUUCUUGCUUCUAUUUAUCUUUAUACUUGCAUGUUUGUUUACUUCCAUACUUUGCUUUCAUACUUUGUUUUCUUGUUUUGCAUUUUGUUUGAUCUUGUUUAUACCUUGCUUGAUUUUGAGUCAUAUCUCCCUAGAUGUCCCUUUAUAAUGCUUUGAGAAUUGAAAAAGACAGUUAAGUUUGACUAUCAAGUUUUGGUUUCCUUGGUAUAUUUGGGUACAUUAAUUGCAUUAGUCAUUUGUUUUGGUGAUUGACUCUAUCUUGUUAGAUUAUGCAUGAUAUUUGAUUAUUCACCUAGUGAGGUUGUUCCCAUGCUUAUCCUUUAUCCUUUUGUGUGUGAUAGCACUUGUGAUACUUGACACUCUAGAACUUGCUUUGAUUCUUUUUGAAAUUAUGGUAACAUAAGCUUGCAUGAAUAUGAUAGAGGCAAAUUUUCUUAUUCAUCUCUUAGUUGUUCCUCUACUUUGUUGUUCUUAUUAGUAAACAUUUCACCUAUUGCUUUCAUGUUUCAUUUUACUUCCCUUGUCAUAUCUUCUCAUUGUCGUUAUAUUUUCACUAGGAUAUCUUUAUCGAUUCAUUCAUUCCCUAGUCUUUUGAUGAGAGCAUUGGGUGAUUGCAUGAUGAGUUACAUUUUCUUUAUUACAUCUUUAUUGGUUUAUUUUUAGCCCCCUUUUGUUGUGAGUAAUAUCAUGAUUUGUUAUAUUGUCCGAGACAGACAAGUUUAAGUGUGGGGGGGAGGCAAAUAUGUAUGAACGAAUGCUUGU